UUAACUUAACAUUAAAACCCCAGAACCCAAUUUAUUUUUUCUUCACACACAUUCUCAUUAAUGGAGUUCAUUCAAAAUCUCUUACUCUUCUCCUUCCUCGUACUCUUUCUCUCUCCAACACUUUCUCACUCCUCCUCCAUUCAUGACCUCCUCCAGUCCAGAGGCUUGCCGGCCGGCCUCCUCCCGAAGGAGGUCAAAUCCUACACACUGUCUGAAUCUGGGCUGCUUGAAGUGUUUCUGGAUGGUCCAUGUAUGACCAAGUUUGAUACGAUGGCGUUUUAUGACAGUGUUGUUCGGGCAAAUUUAACAUAUGGUAGUCUCACCGGAGUCGAGGGCUUCUCGCAGGAAGAGCUCUUUCUGUGGCUUCCGGUUAAGGAUAUUGUCGUUGGUGAUCCGAAGUCAGGGGUAAUUCUGUUUGAUAUUGGUGUUGCUCAUAAACAGCUUUCACUGUCUCUGUUCGAAGAUCCACCGGAUUGUAAUGAGAAAAGUGCAUCGAAGAAAAAUGGCAGAGAAGAAAGGGGACAUGCAGCUCAAAAAUAAAGAUGGAAAUUAGAUGCUAAUCCUAUUUUAUUAACUUAGAUUAAGUAGUUUUCUAAUUAGUUAGUUACUAAUGUUAAUCUUUUUAAGUUUAAAUAUAUUAAGCCUUUUAUAUUAUUAUUA